CUGAAACGACGCGUAGCGCCAUUUUUAUUGUGGUUAACCUUUAACCGCUGCUUUGAAAUUGAAUUUUCCGUCGCAAUUCGCUAUUUUGAUUUGAAGGCGGUUUUCAUUUAUUUAUUAUCUAAUUAUAGUGCUUUAUUGUGUGUGAAUGUUUUUGUAAACAGUAUAUUAUAAAAGCAAUCAUUUAGUGUUUACCAGUUUAAACGUGUAAUUGUUUUUUUCGUAUAGUUUGAUUUAUUUGAUAAUAUCAUGGUUUAUAAGUGCUCUGUUCCCGGGUGCAGUACUCGAGGCCGAGGUAUUAAAUAUUAUAGUGUGCCGUUCACAAAUAAAAAAAGGUGGGAAGAGUGGUUAAGUUUAUGUCCAUUCCUACAAAAUUAUCCUCCUACUCAACGCGAAAACAUUCGUUUUUGUCAUAAACAUUUUAUUCCCGAACAUAUAAAACAGAAUCUAAGAUUAACACCUAAUGCGAUUCCUUUAGUAAACUUAGGAAAUACAGAUAAAUAUAAAGUUACAAACCGAGAUUUGAUAUUAGAAAUUGAACCCACUAGUAGCAUUACUGAACCCUUUAUUUUUAAAGUAGUUAACCCUUCUGAACUUAAUCGACCCACUAUAGAGCAAAAUUGUUCUAUCAUACAAGAACAUCAAAGUUCUGAGCUGUCUAGCACGGUAUCAAUUCAUGCUUCAUUGAAUGAAGCAAAUAGUAGUACUCCAACUCAAUUUACUCCCAAUAUACCUCACAAUACGCAAUACCCAAUAUGUAUAACCCCUUCCACAUCAACCACCAUUGCUGUGUGUAAUGAGCACAAAUUAAAAAGUCACAGCCUAGUUAAAAGUAGAUUAACUAAUCGUAUUAGAUUAAAUCCCAAUGAAUGUACCCCUCGUAAACGAAUUUUACGCUCUUCAAUUCACAUUUUAAAGAAUAAAUUACGUCUCUUGCAAUCAAGGUAUAAAAAGUUAAAGACUAGAUUUGACCUUCAUGCACCAAAAACAAAGGUGUUCUUGAAAAAAUAUAACAUUUUGAGUACAUAUGGGAAAUUAUUAGUAGAUUCACAAUUACGUUUGACUGGUAAUUCAUUAAAAGGUCGCCGUUACACAGACUCAGAAAAAGUUUUUGCUUUAUCAUUAUAUAAGUUAAGCCCUAAGUGCUAUAGAUUUUUACGAAAACAUUUAGCAUUACCAUGUAAAUCCCGAAUUAAUUCUCUACUCAGCAAUAUUCCUUUGAGGCCUGGUAUUAAUGACUUUAUAUUUCAACAUUUGGCAGAUGCUGCCUUGGAUAAACCCGCAAUAGACAGGCAAUGCACAUUAAUGUUUGAUGAAAUGUCCAUUAAAAAACACUUAAAUUUUAAUUUCUUUACUGGGGUCAUUGAAGGUUUUGAAGAUAUAGGUUCUGGCAAACGCUCAAACAAUGUGGCUGAUAAAGCUUUAGUUUUUAUGUUACGGGGUUUGUUUUCUCCUUGGAAAAUUCCAAUUGCAUUUUAUUUUGCUCGAGAUGGGGUUAAAACAUUUGUUUUUAAAAAAAUAUUAUUAAAGAAAUAGUAUUAGCAGUUUUUAAAUCUGGAUUCAUAGUAAGAGCUACAAUCAGUGACCAAGGUUCUGCCAAUGUUGCUGCUAUUAAGUCAUUAAUAUCAGAUUCUAAUGCUGAACUCCUACGUAGUAACAAAUAUACCAAUGACAUCUGUUAUAAAAUCGGCCCAAACCAACUGUACCAUAUCUAUGAUGUACCUCAUUUAUUGAAAUGUUUUCGCAAUAAUUUUCAGAAAAAAACCUACUCAUUGGCAACCAAAGGGCAAAGUGGGAGUAUAUUGAGAGACUUUAUAAAGUGGAUGGUUUUGGUGGCAGAGCAAGAAGCACCAAACUUACUGAGAAGCACAUAAAUCCAACUUCAUAUGACAAAAUGAAGGAUCUUUAGGUCAUCAGCAAACAUGAAAGGUGUGGAAUGAUGCAAGCAAUUGAUAAUGUCAUUUAUGAACAUAUUAAAAAUAACAGUCCCAAAUGGGAGCCCUGUGGGCACCCCAGAAGCAAUAUGAUGGAAAUUGGAACUAAAACCAUUAAGAACCACAUGGUAAGUGCGACCAGUAAGAUAAGAUUGAAACCAUUCAUACAUGUGCCAAGAGUACCCAUACCCGGAUAACUUCUGCAGCAAGAGUUCGUGAAAAACGUUGUCAAAAGCCUUACUGAAAUUUGUAUAUAUUACAUCAGUUUGCAUGUUAUUGUCUAAGACUUCUGAAAGCAACUCAGUAAAAGAGACCAAAUUAGUGCUUGUUGAGCGAAAUUUAACAAAACCAUGUUGGUGUUCAGUUAAAAAUGGUUUGAAGUAAGCUUCCAGAUAUGGAAAUACUACAAAUUCAAACAAUUUUGCCA